AAAGCGAGCCAAUAGCAGCGAAGCGUUGCGGGUGGGGGUGGACACCGGGUCGUGAAAGGCAGGAGCACAGUCCAAUGAAAGUGGAGAGACAAGAGACGGUGAUUCUGGAAGCCAUUACGCCACUGCCGCAGACUAGAGGCCCUCUUUGGUGUGGGAUCCGACCGGUAGUUGGGCUUUCUCUAGAGUUUAGUUGUUUACUGCAGCCAGAUCUGUGUCCUUGGCAGCUGCCUUUCCUUCCCAGACAUUCUGCCAUCCUGUUUUGUCUCUGGACUUCACCAAGGCCCACAGCACCCAGUUUGUUCUGGGACUUGAACAGACCAUGGCAAUGGCAUCCCCCCCGGCGCCGCCGGCUAAAAAGCGGAAAAUGAACUUCUCAGAGCGAGAAGUGGAGAUAAUUGUGGAGGAGCUUGAGCGGAGCAAGCACCUGCUGAUAAACCACUUCAAUGCUGGCGUACCACUGGCUGCUAAGGCUGCUGCUUGGCACAACAUCUUACGGCGUGUUAAUGCUGUUGCCACCUGCCGCCGGGAGCUGACCGAAGUCAAGAAAAAAUGGUCUGAUCUCAAGACGGAGGUGCGACGCAAGGUGGCACAGGUCCGGGCUGCAAUGGAAGGAGGUGGCGAUGGCCAGGAUGGAGGUGUUGAGGGCCAAGACGCUGAAGAUCCAGUAGGAGUCACAGCUGCUCCAGUUAUUCUAACUCCCAUGCAGCAGCGCAUCUGUAACUUGCUGGGAGAAGCCACCAUUAUUAGCCUGCCUGCUGGAGACAUCACUUCAGAUGGAUCAGAGAUACCUAUUACUGCUGCAGCCACAACAGUCACCCUUACUCAGAUUCCAGCUGAGACAACAUACCAUAGUUUGGAGGAUGGUGUUGUGGAGUACUGCACAACAGAAGCUCCAACCACAGUCACUGCCGAGGCCCCCUUAGAGAUGAUGGCUCAACCAGCAGAAGUCUCUGUGAAGCCUCAGGAACUGAAGAGCCGCAUUGCCCUGAACUCAGCCAAGCUCCUGCAGGAGCAGCGAGUGACCAAUCUCCACAUGAAAGAGAUGGCCCAGAACAUCGAGCAGCAAAAUGACCUGCUGCAGAUGAUCCGCCGCUCUCAGGAAGUACAGGCAUGUGCACAAGAGCGCCAAGCCCAGGCCAUGGAAGGGAUGCAGGCUGCUCUGAAUGCUCUUGUGCAGAUCCUUCGCCCCAUGAUUAAGGACUUCCGUCGGUUUCUACAGAGCAAUGCUCCUGCUCCUUAAGUGGCCUCAGACCCCAGCAGAGCAGCCCAAAACGGACAAGAUGACAUCAUUCAAUGAAAUAAAAUAGACAAAAUGGCAUCAUUCGAUGAAAAGAAAUGGACAACAUGGCAUCAUGCAAUGAAAUGAAGCCUUCCAGGCACAGACUUGAUCAAGAGAAUGAGCAGGGUAUUUAUUUGUAUUUGCCAGUGUCUGCAAACUGAUUCAGUGCCUGCCUUUUUUAGCUGAAAACCUAUUCUGGAUUAUUUCUAC